AUGUCGACCGCGCGCCGCAGAGCGUCGGCGCGUCCGUCGACGCAUCCGCAGUCGGGCGCGCCGAGCGAAAUCCUCGACGACGACGCGCAGGAGGCUGUCGUCGUCGCCGUCGAGCGCGACGCCGCGCGCGCGUCCGCGCUGUGGCGCUCCGCGUUCGGCCUCGCCGCGCUCGUCGCGGGGGGAUACUUCGCCGUCCUCGCCGCGCGCGCGCUCGGGAGCCGACGCGUCGCGAUAUGGCGAGGGGUGCGUCGUCGCGUCGCCGUCGCCGUCGUCGCCGUCGUCGCCCCGUCUCGUCUCGCGUCGCCGACCCCCCCUCCUCCUCCUCCUCCUCCUCCUCCCCUCCUCCGCAGCCCGUGCACGCGGAGUUCUACGGCGCCAUCUCGCCGUCGUUCCUCGCCGCGCUGGACGGCGCGACCGCGAUCGUCGGCGUUCUCUCCGGCCUCGCGUGCGCGUGGCCGGUCGAUCGAUCGUCGGCACGUCCUCCUCACACUGGUUCCCAUACGACCCCGAUGGCGUGGUGAACGCCGAUCCUUAAGGACAAUGCCCGGCGCAUCUCUCCGCACAUCCCUUGCGUUCAAACCCCGACCGCGUUGCCUUUCAACUCCAUCUGACGCCUUUCAACUCCACCCCGAGAAGAGCGACGGGAAAAACGACAACGACGGCGUCGGACCCGGGACCCGGCCCUCGUCCUCCGCGACAACAGAGCGACGCCGCGCGCUCGCGUUCUCGUUCGCGCUCGCGCUCGCAAUGUGCGCCGGCCUCGCGUGGGUGUUCGCGAUCGAGCGCGUGGGGAUCGCGGCCGCGGCGAAGCGCGCGGCGGCGUUCGGAAAGAGAGGCGCGGCGGCGGCGGACGCGGACGCGAAGGCGCGUCCUCCUCACACUGGUUCCCAUACGACCGCGUCGGCGUGGUGA